AUGGGAGUGGAAAGGAAGAAGAGGAUCCAAGAAUGUAAGGAGGAAUCUCCAGUCUUGAUGCCUAAUCAUGAGAAACUUUACUCGCUUGCAAACACUGGCAAAUAUACCACCUUUGCUUCUCUUCCAGUGUCUUCUACUGCAAGAGGAUCCUUUAUGAUGGUGAACAGCUCUGGCAGAGCCUCUGGCCAAAAGGCUCACCUUCUCCUGCCAACCCUGAAGGAAAACGACACCCACUGCAUCGAUUUCCAUUACUACUUCUCCAGUCGCGACAGGUCCAGCCCUGGGGCUUUGAAUGUCUACGUGAAGGUGAACGGGGGCCCCCAGGGGAACCCUGUCUGGAACGUGUCUGGGGUCGUCACCGAGGGCUGGGUGAAGGCAGAGCUCGCCAUCAGCACCUUCUGGCCACAUUUCUACCAGGUGAUAUUUGAAUCCGUCUCUUUGAAGGGUCAUCCUGGCUACAUCGCUGUGGACGAGGUCCGGGUCCUUGCUCAUCCGUGCAGAAAAGCACCUCAUUUUCUGCGACUCCAAAAUGUUGAGGUGAAUGUGGGGCAAAACGCCACAUUUCAGUGCAUUGCUGGUGGGAAGUGGUCUCAGCAUGACAAACUUUGGCUCCAGCAAUGGAAUGGCAGGGAUACUGCUCUCAUGGUCACCCGUGUGGUCAACCACAGACGCUUCUCAGCCACGGUCAGUGUGGCAGACACUGCCCAGCGCAGCGUCAGCAAGUACCGCUGUGUGAUCCGCUCCGACGGUGGAUCUGGUGUGUCUAAUUAUGCGGAGCUGAUCGUGAAAGAACCUCCCACGCCCAUUGCCCCACCAGAGCUGCUGGCUGUGGGGGCCACCUACCUGUGGAUCAAACCAAACGCCAACUCCAUCAUCGGAGACGGUCCCAUCAUCCUGAAGGAGGUAGAAUAUCGUACCACCACAGGCACCUGGGCUGAGACACACAUAGUUGACUCUCCCAACUAUAAGCUGUGGCAUCUGGACCCCGAUGUAGAGUAUGAGAUCCGGGUGCUCCUAACACGACCAGGCGAGGGGGGCACGGGACCUCCAGGACCUCCCCUCACCACUAGGACCAAGUGUGCAG